CUCUGCUGGCGCCCGUCAGCCUUGAUCCGGCCUCGGCAGGAGGAGCUCGCCCUCGAGACAGGAGGGGAGCAGCAGGAUACAGGAGCAUGGCCUUCUUCUCGCACUGCAGUCACCGACCUUGUCGUGCUCGAGGAGGAGGAGCAGUAGGAGGGGCGCACCCAGCCACCUAGGUAGCCGCCGUCGAGGGCUUCUUACACCUGAACCUCGACCUCCACGGUGCUGGCAUCCAGCCACUAGAGUUCAAGGGAAGGAGAGGAGGAUGACGCCCAGACAUGGAGAGGAACAACAGCAGCUCAAGAAAAAUGAAGCAAGACAAGCUGGAGAAGCUCGCACGGACAUCCAAUUUCUUGUACCACUCAACUGAGCUGAGUUACUUGUGGAGACUAUAAGAAGAAUUUCUAGGAAGAGUUUGAUCAAGAAGAGCACGGAGUAGGCUGACACCCGUAGUUGUUUGGCAUCAAAUUCAGAAGAUACACAUCCUAAGAUUGAAGCAAUGCUACCUGAACCUUGUAUGCCCACCAUUAUUAAUAUUCCAUACUAUUCGUGUUCUUCAGAUCCGAAUAAUUUAUUCGGUCUUGCUUUUGACAUAAAACACAAGUACAGGCAAAGAGAAGACGAGGUCAAACCCCAACACCGGAAGGUAUCUUGGUACCAAACCAUCAUGAGGAGAAGGGGAUGUGUUGAUGUACAUGAGAUAAGCAACCCUGUUCAGAAGUGCUUUAUAGAGGUCAUAUUAAAGGCGGCCAAGGCCAAGGAGUACAAGAGUGACGUGCUGAACCCCUCCGCGGAGGAGUUUGUGCUGCUCUCCCGCCACCAGGGGGACGGCACACGCCGCCUGUCGGCCGACGCGCCCGUCUUUGUCUCGCCCGCGAUCGACUACUAUGUUCCUCCGUCCAUCGACUCUGUCCGUGCAGGUGGCCAGUUUCCUUCCGCCCCAACCUUCUCCACUAUCUUCCCAACUGGUACAUGUGUGAUCUUCAUGGAGCUAGCCAUCAUUGGAUUUGGUAAUACAUAAUCACUUAUUCAGAGAGCCCAAUGUGAGAAGGGACGAGCAUCUAGAACACCACCACCA